AGUAAAAUGGAUCUAGUAAAUAGCGACAUGUAUCUUGCCAAAAGUUAUGCUGAGGUUCAGCCUAUUGGAGCAUACUUCUUGGAAGAGACUAAUUGGUUCAAGCCUACUUCCCCAGAAUCUGAGCUCAACUCAAGCAUGCUUGGGGACAUUGAGCGUUUAGAUAACCUGAAUGGCUACAGUUUCAGCAACCCUGAUGUUUCUAUAAAGGAAGAAGUGAACUUCUCUGAAGAGAAUAAACAUAUCGAUCUUCUGUUUGGGAAUGAUGAGGAAGGGCUAGACUUGACGAAAGGUGACCAUGAAGGCUUAUUUUUCCAACAUGAUGGUAGCACUAAUGAAGCUUCAAAAGAAGACGAUGUCAAAGUGCCUGAGACUAUUGAGAAUUCUUUGAGCAAAGAUAUCUCUUCAGUUUCAGUUCGCGCUACUUGCUCUGUGUCCGAGUCUCCAAAAGAAGAAGAAUUCGAAAUUAUUUCGUUCUUGAAGGAUAGACUUGAGAAGCCCUUCUAUGAUAAACUUUAUGAAGAAAAGAAAAAUAAGAAAGGGAAAGGAAGACCAAGGAAAUUUAAAAACAUCAAUAAAGAUGUAAUUUGGAGCUCUGUUCUCGAUAUGAUCGAGAAGAAAGCAAACAAGAGAACCUCUGAACAAAGGACAGAUGCGAAGACUAUCUCUAUCUGUAGAGAUACUAAGAAAGUUUUCGAUCAUAUCCUCAAAUAUGUAAGCUCAAGAGCUAGCUACAAAUCCUCUAAUAUCAAAGAGGUUAUUGGAGCUUAUGCUGAAGCUUUCACGGUUGGAUUUAUACCCACCGUCUUUGAUAGCGAAGCUGUUGAUGACAAGAUCAGAUUGUUCUGUCAAUUCAUAAUUCUCGCUUAUCCUGAGUCUAAAGUUGUAAGAAUCAUUUCUUUGUUGAACGAAGCCAACUAUCUAUCUUGCGAUGAAUGCACAAACUUACUUCAUCUAGUCAAGAUUAGAACAUUGUCUUCUAAAACAAACUUUCAGAAUAUUGCUAGACAAAACACAUGCUUUAAAAAUAUUAUUAUAAAGCUGUUGUCUAAGCUCGAUUCUAUCAACUUGAACGACGCCCAAGGAUUCAGAGACAUCUUGAGAGAUUUAAUCCCAGAGGAGGCCUUUUAAAUACCCUAUUCUAGGCUUUGAGCGUAACUGCUUUGCCUUUUAAGGACUUGUUUUUCAAACGAGUUCUUACUAUUUAACUCAUCAAAUUCAUAACCAUAAGCAAUUGC